CACUACAAUCGUCAGUCGCUCUCUUGACAUCGCAGAAGCAACACGUAUCACCAAGAGCUAUACUAGUGCCCAUAUCGUAUUGUGAUUGUGGAUUUGAAGUGAAAAAUACUUUGUUUACUGAAAACUGUGAGCCAGCCAGUGUCCUUUAAGUGGAUUAUGCUAUUGUUCCCACUGUUUGGAUAAUACCCGAGGACUUUUAAUACCGCAAAUAUUUUUGACCACAUCGAAGACCCGUGCGGCCCAGGCUUAGUCCGCCGCAACAUGGUCGCUGAGUUCAUCCUGAGUCAGCAGCAGCUCCUAAGCUCCGCCCCGGCCCUAGGGCCCGCCCCCAUGCCGCUCCGCGCGCCCCCGCAAGCCCGAGGGAGGCUGUCCGUCUCCCCGCACUUCCCCAUGGACCAGUCCUCCAACGGUCCCACGGGAGACCCCAACAACUACCCCUCGGACUUCGAUUACAAGAACCGCAAGGACUUCUUCGGACAGCGCAAGCAGAGGGAAUUCAUCCCCGACAACAAGAAGGACGACGGCUACUGGGACCGUCGGCGCCGCAACAACGAGGCCGCCAAGCGCUCCCGCGAAAAACGCCGCUUCAACGACAUGGUCCUCGAACAACGCGUCGUCGAACUGUCCAAGGAAAACCACGUACUGAAAGCCCAGCUGGACGCGAUCAAGGAGAAAUACGGGAUCUGCGGUGAAACCCUCAUCAGCAUCGAUCAGGUGCUCGCAACCUUGCCAACUUGUGAUCAAGUUUUAUGCGUGACGAAGAGGAGCAAGCUGUCGAACAGCGCCAUCUUCCCCGCGCCGCCCCCGCCGCCACCCGCGUCGCUCCCGCCCGCGUCGCCACCCUCCCCCGUGCCCCAGCGCGCUCCCGAGCCCUACCAGGAGCGACUCCCCGCCCCCGAGUCCUACUACCCCCACCCCGCCCACUACGAGCCGCCAGGCUCUGUCCUGAACCUCUCCAACCGCCGCCGUGCACCAUCCCCCUACGAACUGUCCUCCCUCUCCGGCUCAGGCGACGAGAACGCCGAGCAGUACGCCCCCGAAAACAAUUGCUUGCCACUCAAACUGCGGCACAAGAGCCACCUCGGAGACAAGGAUGUUGCGAGCGCCCUGCUAUCUCUCCAGCACAUCAAACAGGAGCCCGGUCCCCGGUCCUCGCCCUCCUGGGACGGCGAAGGCUCGAGCGAUGAGCGCGAUUCUGGUAUCUCCCUGGGCGCGGAGUACAGGCCGCAGCGUCCCGAGGACAGACUCGGGGAGGAGGAAGACGCCCACCUGAAGGCGGAGCUCGCGCGGCUCGCCACGGAGGUGGCGACGCUCAAGAACAUGAUGCACCAGAACAAACGCACGCUGGAGCACUGAGCGUCACGAGCGCCCGCGCCUGAACCGCGCCGCGCCAGUCGGAACUCGUACAAACUCUUCUACCCUCCCGUAGGUGAAGUUACCACGUUGUAAAGAGAUUUAUAUAUUUGUAUGAAGCGCAGCUGCGGCGGUUUCCGCCUAUAAUCCUUCCUAGUAGAUGUCGUGUCGAUGUUAGUGUAGAUGGAAUCGGUUAGACUUUUCGACCAGAUCAGACCUAUCUACUCAGUGAUAGAUAUAAACGAGUUGCAUUUUUAGUGAUGAGCUAUGUAUAUGUAAUUAAAGUAAGCGUAGUAGAUAUGUUUCAUCUUUUCGAAGACUCGCUAGCAGAAUCGAUGGCUAAAGACUAUGUUCUUCUAAGUUCUAAUUGUAAGUUUGAUCUAAGUAGUAUAUGUAAGUCCCAACAAGAUAGUUAUUUAUAAACUCUUAUUGUAUAGUCUUUCUCAAAUCGGAAUGAGUUCCAAACCAAAAAAAUGUCUUAAUAGCUGUCCUGAAAUCGCUAAAAUAUCUUUAAGAUUGCCUACAGUUUUAAAACUAUCCUAUUAUAUCUCAGAUUGUAUUGAAUAUUCAGAUUAAGAUUACCAGUGCCUUUGACAAUACAUACCUACCUAAAAUAGCUACCUUAAAAUUAUAUAAUAUUUUUGUACAUUUAUUAAAAAGCGAUUUCACAACACCAAUUGUAAUACAAGUCAGGCCGGAAAAUGUUUGCGACUACUGGUUUCGCCUUGAAGGACGCAAAGCGUACAUUUUGUAUAUUAUAGAAUAGUUGGUGGGGUCAGGGGUGGUGAACAUUUUCCGGGGCCACAGAGCUAAUCGUAUUGAAUCCUAAGAAGGCUAGUUGAAGUAUUGCAGUUCGUUUGUAAGUUACUCCUAGUAUUGCCCUGAGGGCAUGUGAUAGGACUGAGGGGAGUAAAACUAAGUAUUUAUUUAUUCGGACCGCGAAUUAAAAAUUUACAAUUUAUUAUCUUUGUAUAAGAAACACAUACGAUAUGAAUAAAUUGUGUACAUUACAAUUA